GGCGGUUCAGCGGCUCCCGGCGCUGUUGUUUGGCGUUUCGGCCUCUCGAGGGGCGUUCUCUGGAGGGCCGCCGGUGCAGGCCGCAGUGACAGGGCCGCUCGCCCCUGCGCACCCCCGCCUCGCUCCCGGUGCAGCCUCGGCGGCCUGCAGGCCCAACAUGGCGCAGGAGGUGUCGGAGUACCUGAGCCAGAACCCGCGGGUGGCCGCCUGGGUGGAGGCACUGCGCUGCGAGGGCGAGACUGACAAACACUGGCGCCACCGCCGGGAGUUUCUCCUCCGCAACGCCGGGGACCUGGCCCCCGCCGGCGGCGCUCACACGGUCGAAGCCGCCGACGCCGAAAGCGGGACCCGGAAUCGGCAGCUGCAGCAGCUCAUCUCCUUCUCCAUGGCCUGGGCAAACCACGUCUUCCUCGGGUGCCGGUACCCUCAAAAAGUUAUGGAUAAAAUACUUAGUAUGGCUGAAGGCAUCAAAGUGACAGAUGCUCCAAUCCAUACAACAAGAGAUGAACUGGUUGCCAAGGUGAAGAAAAGAGGGAUAUCGAGUAGCAAUGAAGGGGUAGAAGAACCACCUAAAAAACGAGUGCUAGAAGGAAAAAACAAUUCUGCAGUUGAGCAGGAUCAUGCAAAAAUUUCUGCCAGAACAGAACGUGUAGCGGCUCAGCAGGAAAACAGGUCAACAUGUAUGGGUUCAUCCAGCAAAUCAGAGAGCAGUGGGAACUCAACUCGGAGCUCUGGCAUCUCCAAUCAGAAUAGCUCCACAAGUGAUGGAGAUCGAUCGGCUUCCAGCCACAGCGGCAGCAGUGUUUCCUCUCAGGUAACAGUAGGAUCUGGAAAAGCUGAAUCAGAAGCUGCAGAUAAACAUGGUUCAGCAUCAUUUGUUUCUUCAUUGUUGAAAUCUAGUGUGAAUAGUCAUGUGACCCAGUCCACUGAUUCCAGACAACAAAAUGAAUCACCUAAAAAGAGUGCUGUGGAAGGCUCUUCAGCCUCAGCUUCUCAGAGCAGUGCAGAGGUUGAGCUGCCCUUGCUGGGUUCCUCAGGAAGCUCAGAAGUAGAGUUGCCAUUAUUGUCUUCUAAACCUAGUUCAGAGACACCUUCAAGUGGGUUAACUUCUAAAACUAGUUCAGAGGUGAGUGUUUCUAAAAACAGUUCCUCCUCAGGCACAUUACUAACUCCCAAGAGCAGCUCCGCAACAGCUUCAUCACUGCUAACUUCCAAAAGCACUUCCCAGGUAGCUGCAACCUUGUUAGCUUCUAAGAGCAGUUCCAGUGGAUCCCUGGUUCCUAAAAGCACUUCCUUAGCGAGUAUAUCCCAGCUGGCCUCUAAGAGUAGUUCUCAGAGUAGCCCCUCACAGUUGCCUUCCAAAAGUACUUCACAGUCGAGUGAGAGUUCUGUCAAAUUCUCUUGUUGCAAGUUAACCAAUGAAGACGUGAAGCAGAAGCAGCCUUUCUUCAAUAGACUGUACAAAACGGUGGCGUGGAAGCUGGUCGCUGUUGGAGGCUUCAGUCCCACUGUGAAUCAUGGGGAGCUUCUAAAGGCAGCCAUUGAGGCUCUGAAAGCCACGCUGGAUGUGUUUUUUGUCCCACUAAAGGAACUGGCGGACCUGCCUCAAAAUAAGAGCUCUCAAGAAAGUAUUGUUUGUGAGCUGAGGUGCAAGUCUGUAUAUUUGGGCACUGGUUGUGGAAAAAGCAAAGAAAAUGCAAAAGCGGUUGCAUCAAGAGAAGCACUGAAGUUAUUUCUCAAGAAAAAGGUGGUGGUAAAAAUAUGUAAAAGGAAAUACAGAGGCAGUGAAAUAGAAGAUCUGGUACUUCUUGAUGAAGAAUCAAGACCUGUAAACUUGCCUCCAGCAUUAAAACAUCCUCAAGAAUUACUGUAGUAUGUCCCAAAUACAACUGCGUAUAGGAUCUGGUAUUUGAAGAGAAAAACUGGCUUACUUUUGUACAAUAUAAAAUAUAGGCUUUCACAAAUUUUUGUAUUGCUUUUUUCCAGUUUUGCAGAAAAUUUACAUUCUAGUUCUCUUCACAAAAGUAGAGGUUGUAAAUAAUUUAUGAUUGACAAUACACAUUAAAAAGUUGCAUUAACAGCAUACCAGUAUGCUGUUUUAUUUGCUGGAGAAAAUACUGUCUUCUAUUUUUAAUGAUACAUUAGGUACGAUGUGUAGUUCUGUAGUCUUAAAAACUUUUGUACUUUCUAUUUGGUGAAAAUGUAUUAAGUUGUCUACCAUACUUUUUUUCCUAGUUGAAUAAGCCACAUCAAAGAAAAGGGGACCACAGUAUUUGAAUGUCUGAAAGUCUGUGAAGCUUAAGGUUUAAGAAUGUUGCCCAUAAUGUUGAACAUGUCUGUUAAAGAAUAAAAGAAAAAAUAGUUGUCUCCGACUAUUUUUAUGAGAAGUUGUAAGCAUUUUUGAGAUACAAAGCAGUAUAAAGUACUUACUGUUAUUUUAUUCUGAAGCUGUUUAAAAUUCACCAUGAUUUUCACCGCUGCUGAUUCUUUAAGCGGGUUAAUUUAUGUUUUGAGGUAAAAUAAAAUUUACACUUUUUCUUAAAAACAUAAAUGUGGGUUUCUAUAUUAAGCCUAUUUUGUGACUACUAUUAAC